AUGCCACAGUCUUCAAUAUUAUAUGCUAAGUGUGUUUACUGCGAUUUCUUGCUGAGCAAUAGUUGUCUUCUUCUUCUUGGCAUUGCUCACCCAACUACUGCAGUUGGAGUAGUUGCUCCUGAUUGGAAAGGAUUAGAACUGAGUGUUAAUUCCAAUCCGCUCCUGACAAAUCUUGAACACGUGACUUGUACCCUUAUAUGGCAACACAAUUAUUUUCUUAAGGGCAAUAAUAAUAAAAAUAAAUUUGGUGUGGACAGACUAAAAGUUCAAAAAAGUGCAAAAGAAAGUGUGCAUAUAAUUCUGUCUCUGCUAUUAAGUGAGAACCUUUUAUUGCGAGUUUUUCUAGACCUCUCAUUAUAUUGUACAUCUAUAAAAAAUGGCUCUCUUCUCAAUCUUUGUGGCUAUAGAAGAAAACUAGCUAAUUAG